AACGGCGCCGACACCCGCCAUCCCGCCGCCAAGCAAAGGGGAAAAGUGGGACUCAACAGAGGACAACUUCACCUUCCUGCAGGGUCAGCCAGGGCUUGCAUGGAAUUCACUUGCUGAUGCCAAGGCGUGCUUCUCGAACUGCCACAUCGGCAACAACAAAUCACCACAAGCUUGAAUUUGGCUUGAAGUUGGCUUGAAGUUGGCUUGCGCGCCCACUGCCACUCCCGUUGCCACUCCCGCCGACGCGAAUCGGCGCCUUUUUCGGCAAACACACAUGUGGCGUUCGGUUUUCUUUCCGAGGUGAUGCCCUGUCGGCAUGGACUGCCGCGACUUGGCCGCCGACCAUGGCUCCCGAUUCAGCCCCGGCCCGGCCAUCAAUAACCCCCGGCUUCCGGGGGUCCGUCAUCGGCUCAACCGGAUAGUCUUUCUCGGAUGCAUUUUUUUGUUGGCUUGCUUAGGCCAUUGGCCCGUGGCUGCCGCCAUGCGUCCGGACCGUGUGAGGGAGCUCCGGCGGGAAACCGUCGACAUGUUCUAUCACGGCUUCGACAAUUACAUGAAUAUUGCCUUCCCCGAGGAUGAGCUCCGUCCAGUGUCUUGCACCCCACUCUCUCGGGAUGGAAAGAACCCGCGUAAUGUCGAGCUCAACGACGUCCUGGGCAACUACUCUCUCACGCUCAUCGACAGCCUCUCAACCUUGGCAAUUCUUGCCUCUGCUCCUCCAGAGGAUGCCAAUACCGGACCCAAGGCGCUGAGCGACUUCCAAAACGGCGUGGCUGCCCUGGUCGAGCAGUACGGGGACGGCACCCCCGGUCCUUCGGGCAUGGGUCUACGCGGGCGCGGCUUCGAUGUCGACAGCAAGGUGCAAGUAUUUGAGACGGUCAUCCGUGGCCUUGGGGGCCUUCUGAGUGCUCAUCUAUUCGCCAUCGGUGCCUUGCCCAUCACGGGAUACGAACCCCGCCGCCCGGGCGACGACCUCGUGACGCCCCGUCCCGUUGUUUGGCCAAGUGGGUUCACGUAUGAUGGCCAGCUGCUGAGACUGGCUCAAGAUUUGGGCCAGAGGCUCCUCCCGGCUUUCUACACCAAGACGGGCAUGCCGUAUCCGCGCGUCAACCUUCGACACGGCAUCCCGUUCUACACCAACUCACCUCUCCACGGUGACGGUGCGGCUGGGACCGCGGAUGGGCCGCCCGAGAUUACUGAGACGUGCAGUGCCGGGGCGGGGUCUCUAGUGUUGGAGUUCACCGUCCUCAGCCGCCUUAGCGGUGACCCCCGGUUCGAGCAGCUGGCGAAGAGGGCAUUCUGGGCCGUGUGGUAUCGGAAGAGCCAGAUAGGGCUGAUCGGCGCCGGGGUGGACGCCGAGCAGGGGAAUUGGAUAGGCUCCUAUGCCGUGAUCGGUGCGGGCGCCGACAGCUUCUUCGAGUAUGCUCUAAAAUCCCACAUCUUGCUCUCGGGCCACGAGCUCCCCAACCGGACAGUGGCCCGGCCCAACCAAGGUGGCGAGUGGAUGGACCCAAACACACUUUUCCCUCCGCUGAGUGACGCCGAGAACUCGCCCGACUCGUUCCUCGAAGCCUGGCAUCACGCACACGCAUCCAUCAAGCGCCAUCUCUACAGCGACCGCGACCAUCCCCACUACGAAAACGUCAACCUAUGGACCGGCUCACUGGCCUCCAAUUGGGUCGAUAGCCUCGGCGCCUAUUACUCGGGGCUCCUGGUCCUUGCUGGUGAGGUGGAUGAGGCCGUCGAGACGAACCUGCUCUACACGGCCAUCUGGACACGCUAUGCUGCUCUCCCGGAACGAUGGUCCAUGCGGGAAAAGACGGUCGAAGGUGGCCUCGGAUGGUGGCCGCUGCGACCGGAGUUCAUCGAGUCUACAUACCACUUAUACCGCGCCACCAAAGACCCCUGGUACCUCUACGUUGGCGAGAUGGUACAGCGGGACAUCAAAAGACGGUGCUGGACCCCGUGCGGCUGGGCGGGGCUGCAAAACGUCCUGGAUGGUGAGAAGAGUGAUCGUAUGGAGAGCUUCUUUCUCGGGGAGACGUCCAAGUACAUGUAUCUGCUCUAUGAUGACCAGCACCCCAUGAACGCAUUUGACGGCGCAUACGUUUUCACCACCGAGGGUCAUCCGCUGAUCAUCCCCACAGCUGUGACAGCGGACAGACCUCCACCCACGAGGCCCAAUCGGAAGGAUCUAGCCAUUCCCUACGACGAAGCGUUCACGGACUCGUGCCCUCCACGCCCCGCCACAACUCCUCUAUCCGGCUCGGUUAUCGCCGCCAGGGACGACAUCUACCACGCCGCACGCAUGCUGGAUCUGCACCUGCUGUCCACCUCACCACUCACCCUCGAUGGCGGGCAGAUGUCCGGCCAGCAUAUGGCCAGGUCCAACUUUACCCUGUUCCCAUGGACACUCCCGGUUGAGCUGAUGCCCCGCGACGGUGUGUGCGCCAGGGUCAACCAUCCGGCAGAGCUCAUGCUGGAAUUUUCAUCCAACGCCGGACAAGCGGCUGGCGGGAGCGCCUUCAACUUCAUGCUAGGGAACCAGAACUUGGAGCGUCUGACUGCAGACCGCAUCCGUGUUUCCAGCCUGUCCGGCUUGAAAAUAACCCUGCGCCUGGAGGAGAGCCCGGAACGAGAAUGGCGAGUCAGCAAGGUCAACGGUGUCCCACUGGGCCGCGACGAGUCCGUCGUCUUUGACCGAUCCAUCCUCGGGGAGAUAUCAGACCCUAGAUUCAACCUUGUCCGCGACCCCGUCAUGGUCAAGCUCCAGCACCUCCACCAAGUCGACCUCCUCGGUAAUAGUACUGCCGAAACAACCAACGACCACACCCCUCAAGACGGCAACGAGGAAUCGCACGUCGAACCCCUCCAAAACGCCGAACACUCCGCCGCCGCUCUCACCGACCUCGGCUCCCUCGUCAAAUCCCUCUUCAGCCGCAUCACUGCAUCCCUCGACAUCCAACUCCCCACCUCCCUCCCAGGGAUGGGCAUGGGCCUCACCACAGGCGGCGCCUCCCUUCCCUUCAACCUCGUCAUCAACACAACCGGCAUCACCCCCACGGGCGUCGGCGCCGCCCCCCUCCCCGACACACCCAGCACCAGCACCAACAGCAUCCCACCGCGCACCCCACCCUUCGGCCCCGUCCCCAACGCCGCCUUCCCCUGGUCAACCAUCUACGCAGCAGGCGACGCAUGCGGCGGUGGCGAUAGCAACGACAACCCCAACUCCAACUCCAACUCCAACCCCGGCAACAACAACAACAACAACAACAACAACAACAACAACAACAACAACAACAACAACAACAACAACAACAACAACAACAACACCCCCCUCCCCGACCCCGCCCCACGCAACCACCAAAUCCUCCUCCUCCGCCGCGGCGGCUGUUCCUUCUCCACCAAGCUAUCCAACAUCCCCGCCUUCCCGCCCUCCCCCACCGCGCUCCAGCUCGUCAUCAUCGUCUCCGACGACGACCACGACAGUCCAAAUCCAAACACGGGACUGGUGCGCCCGCUGCUGGACGAGGUGCAGCGCACGCCGGGCGGGAUCCCGCGGCGGAACCCGCUGGCGAUGGUCAUGGUGGGCGGCGGGGAGGUGGUCUAUCAGCAGCUGAGGGCGGCGGCGCGGGUCGGGUUGGGCGGGGAUGGGGGGGAUUGGUGA